AUCUGCUUGGUCGGGCUUCCCUUGAGGCCGGCUUGGGCCGGGCGGAUUCACUUCCAGGUCGAGGGUGACAGCUGGGCUGCGGAGGGGGUGGCUUGUUUCUUGGAUGGUGGUCGGGGCCCGCCCCCAGAAGCAGCAGCAGCAGCCUCAGAAGGAAGAAGGAGAAGGAGAAGAGAAGAAGGGCGAGGGCUCCUCGGUGCAGCAAUGGAAGAGGCUUCACCAUAUUCUUUGCUUGACAUCUGCUUGAAUUACCUAACUUCUGACCUAGAGAAGUUCUGUGCAGAGAGACAGGAUGGGACAUUAUGUUUGCAAGAGCCUGGGAUAUUCCCACAAGAAGUGGCCGAUCGAUUGCUGCGGACAAUGGCAUUUCAUGGACUGCUAAAUGAAGCAACUGUGGGCAUUUUUCGAGGCAACCAGAUGCGCUUGAAAAGAGCUUGUAUCCGCAAAGCCAAGAUUUCUGCCGUGGCUUUUGGGAAAGCCUUCUGCCACCACAAGCUGGUGGAGCUCGAUGCUACCGGGGUAAAUGCAGACAUUACCAUCACAGAUAUCAUCAGUGGACUUGGCAGCAAUAAAUGGAUCCAGCAGAAUCUUCAAUGCCUUGUGCUGAAUUCAUUAACUCUUUCAUUGGAAGAUCCUUAUGAACGGUGCUUUAGUCAGCUGACUGGUCUUCGCGCUUUGAGCAUUACCAAUGUUCUCUUUUACAAUGAAGAUCUAGCUGACGUGGCUUCACUUCCGAGAUUAGAGAGCUUGGAUAUAUCGAACACCUCUGUCACGGACAUAACUGCACUUCUUGCCUGCAAGGAUCGCCUCAAGUCUCUUACCAUGCACCACCUGAAAUGCUUGAAAAUGACCACUACUCAGAUUUUGGAUGUCAUCAGAGAGUUAAAGUUCCUGAAUCAUCUUGAUAUUUCAGAUGACAAGCAGUUCACAUCUGACAUUGCACUUCGUUUGUUAGAACAGAAAGACAUAUUGCCCAAUCUUAUAUCUUUGGACAUCUCAGGAAGGAAACAUGUUACUGAUGAGGCUGUAGAAACAUUUGUUAAACAGCGACCCUCAAUGCAGUUUGUGGGGCUUUUAGCCACUGAUGCUGGCUUCUCGUUAUUCCUUACUGGAGACGGAAACUUGAAGGUAUCUGGAGAAGCUAAUGAAAUUCAGAUUUGCGAAGCUCUGAAGCGUUACAGUGAGCGGGCGUUCUUUGUGCGAGAGGCACUCUUUCAUCUUUUCAGUCACACGCAUAUAAUGGAAAAAACAAAACCAGAAAUCCUAAAGCUUGUAGUUAUUGGGAUGAGAAAUCACCCUCUGAACUUGCCAGUGCAAUUAGCAGCGAGUGCCUGUGUGUUUAACUUGACCAAACAGGAUUUAGCUACAGGCAUGCCUGUAAGGCUUCUGGCAGAUGUUACUCACUUGCUCCUUAAGGCUAUGGAGCAUUUCCCUAAUCACCAACAGCUGCAAAAGAACUGUCUCUUGUCAUUGUGCAGUGACAGAAUACUUCAGGACGUUCCAUUUAACAGGUUUGAAGCGGCCAAGCUUGUCAUGCAGUGGUUAUGUAACCAUGAAGACCAGAACAUGCAGAGAAUGGCAGUGGCAAUCAUCUCCAUUCUUGCUGCAAAGCUUUCAACAGAGCAAACAGCUCAGCUUGGUGCAGAGCUCUUCAUUGUCAGGCAACUACUGCAAAUCGUCAAGCAAAAAACGAAUCAGAGUGUAGUGGACACUACGCUUAAGUUUACACUGAGUGCACUUUGGAAUCUCACAGAUGAGUCCCCAACCACAUGUCGGCACUUUAUUGAAAACCAGGGGCUGGAACUUUUCAUGAAAGUCCUGGAGUGUUUUCCAUCCGAAUCUUCUAUCCAACAAAAAGUUCUUGGCCUUUUGAACAACAUAGCAGAGGUGAACGAGCUCCAUUCAGAGCUCAUGUGGAAAGACUUCAUAGACCACAUCAGUAAGCUGUUGCACAGUGUUGAAGUGGAAGUCAGUUACUUUGCGGCUGGGAUCAUUGCACACUUGAUAUCACGAGGGGAACAAGCUUGGACAUUGAGUCGCAGCCAGAGAACCUCACUCCUAGAAGAGCUGCACUCUGCCAUUUUGAACUGGCCUACACCAGAAUGUGAAAUGGUGGCAUACAGGUCUUUCAACCCUUUUUUCCCUUUACUUGGCUGCUUCAUGACUCCUGGGGUACAGCUGUGGGCAGUAUGGGCCAUGCAACACGUUUGCAGUAAAAACCCCACCAGGUACUGCAGCAUGCUGAUUGAAGAAGGUGGAUUGCAUCACUUAUUCAACAUCAAACAAAACAGCCAGACUGAUCCAGAUGUUCAACGAAUUGCUAUCUCAAUCCUAGAUAGUUUAGAAAAACAUAUUUUGAGGCAUGGGCGACCCCCUCCUCCUCCUUGUUAAAAUGCAGGCAGAAGCUUAGCCAGUUGAAAGUGAAAGAAAAGUAUAUAACAGGGAAUAGGUGUCUCAAUUAUCCUUUAAUAAUCCCUUAUGAAGCGUCUCUAAUUGGAACACAUCCAGUUACAGUGAUCACCAUUAAAUCUUUUUUGCCAGCUGUUGUGAAGAAAGUAAGUACAACUCAUGGCUGGCAAAUGUUGCAUUUAAUGGUCUCUGUGUCAAGGGUUUUCAUGAGGAUCUAGGAUAAAUUCCUAAACUAGUCAUGUCUAUUGGAUCACCUCUUGCUGUGGGGAAAACAUGGAGAUUGUAUAAUUCAAAUGCACAUCCAAAAUGAAACUUCUAGGAAUUUGUGAGUUCAAGUACAGAAAAUCUUUUCUUGCUUGCUUCAUCCCUUCAGAAUAGUUGUGUUUAAGUACAUCUGUUCACCAACUCAGUAUUUGAGUAGAACUGUUUGUGCCUGUCAUGUCAGCACUUUUGAGCCCGAAAUGUCAUGUAUUCACAUAUUAAAACAGAACAAGUUAUGAGUAAGGUGACCAGGGAUCUACAGAUUCUCUGGGAACUUUUCAGAAAUCCAUAUGGGGACACGAGAUUCAUCUAUGUUCCACUUACUGCCUCAAGAAGUACCUGAGUUCUGGAUCAACAGUUUAAAUUCCCUGAUGUCUAAUGAUGAGAAGCUGUUGGUAGGAACAAACCUGACUUCUGUUCCAGAGAACCAAAGGCAUAGGAGAUAUGGACUUGCAAUUUUUUGAAAAGGAGAAGAAAAAGAACAAACCAUGUCAUUACACUAAGUAUACAUUUAACAAACAAGUAGGAAAACUAUCCACUACAAGGAUUGCAAAGGUGGAAAGAAGAUGCUAAGAUUAUGGGAAGGUACGAGAACAAGAAUAUCUGAUCACCUUAUUUAUGACAGACUAUUAAUUGCUUUGCUCUUUCUCGUAAAUACUUUGUUGGUAUUUGUGCAGUGAACUUUAUGUGCAAGGCAGCACCAUACAAAAUCUCAUCCAACAUCCUUUGUUAAGUCAGGUGUAAAUUACAUCAUUGUGCGGAGUAUUCCAGUUUUUCAUAAAACUUCCCAUGAUUAAAAACUUCCUUUGAUGUGUA